AUGCCCUCUUCUCGCUCCCGACCCGCCUUCGCCAUCGUCGCGACGCUCACCCCCCGCACCCAGCGCAAUCAAAUCCGCCGCCUUUCGCCGCCGCCCGCCAGCCACGCCUUAAUAGCCGGCGUCGACGAAGUCGGCGCGGGCCCCCUCGCCGGCCCUGUCGUCGCGUGCGCCGUGCUCCUGCACCCGCGCCUCGCGCGGCCGCCUCUGCCGCAUCUCGACGACUCGAAGCGCCUCACGGCGCGGCGCCGCGCGCGUCUCGCGGCCGCGCUGCGCGCGCACCCGGCCUUCAUCCUCGCGUAUGGCGAGUGCUCGCCCUCUGAGAUCGACCGCGACAACAUCCUCAACGCGCGUUUAGAGGCUAUGGCGCGCGCGGUGCGCGCGCUCCCCGUCGCCCCCCAGCUGCUGUUCGUCGACGGAAACCGCACCCUCCCCGCCGUGCAGGAGAGCGUCGCGCAGGAGGCCGUCGUGGGCGGCGAUGCUCGCGUGGAGGUGGUGGCUAUGGCGAGCGUGCUGGCGAAAGUCUGUAGAGACGAGCUUAUGGUGCAGAUGGACGCGAGGUUUCCGGGGUAUGGCUUUGCGAGGCAUAAGGGGUAUGGCACCAAGAUGCAUGUGCAAGCGCUGCUGGAGCUUGGACCGUGCGCCAUUCACCGCAGGUCCUUUCGCCCGGUGCGGGAGGCAGAGCAGAGGAUGGAGGACGGGGAGGUCGGAGUGUAA